AUGAAGACGAUUGGCAUUUUGGGCGGCAUGUCCGCGGAAUCGACUCAAGUCUACUAUCGACAACUUUGCAGUUUGAUCAGGGACAGACUUGGGGGCCUCCAUUCCCCCGAACUUCUCAUCCGGUCGCUGAACUUUUCGCGUAUACAAGCCUUGCAGACACGUGGGGAAUGGGACGAAGCUGGGAGCAUUCUCAACAUCGAAGCGAAGGCACUUGAAAAGGGUGGGGCCGACCUCAUCAUUCUGGCGACAAACACGAUGCACAAAGUUGCCGAUCAGAUGAUGAAGGGCGUCUCGGUGCCCAUGAUACAUAUCGCGGAUGCUACCGCCGCCCGCAUUCGAGCCCGUGGCCUCAAUUCACCGGGGCUGAUGGCCACGGCUUUCACGAUGGAGCAAACGUUUUACGUCGACCGGCUUGUCGCAGCUGGUCUAUCUCCAAUCAUCCCGGACAGCUCCGACCGAGCCGAAACGCACCGCAUCAUUUACGAAGAAUUGUGCCGUGGACUUGUUACGAAAGAAAGCGAGGAUGCUUAUGUCUGCAUUGCCAGUCGACUUAUCUCAAGGGGGGCUGACUGCAUCAUUCUUGGGUGCACCGAGGUUGGCAUGCUUCUCAAUCAAGAUAACUUGCCAGUGCCAGUUUUCGACACUACAAUGAUUCAUUGCGAUGCAGCUGUAAAUAUUGCACUUGGAGAUGUCACUAGUUCUUACCAAUUAGAAUCGACUCAAGUCAAGAAGAAAUCAGGGUAA